GCUGGCCCUCUGAAGACGGAAAAGAACAGCAAGUGCAAGACCACGCAUUCCACCCUGGCUUGCAGAUUAAACCAGCUGUCAAGCCAGGGUGAAGUAUCCGUGGCCAGGCAGAGGUCUGUGGAGUGGAGAGGCAAGGCCUCACGAUGGAACUCUGAGAUGACAGCAUGCAGGCACCAAAAGUGUGGACGCACAUACAGAAGACAGCCAUGCACUGAGCUGCGGACAUGCAACAAUAACAGCUAGGCCAUAUAAUGAAACUCGCUGAAGAAGAAGAUGAAUGUUGCUUGCUGAUUUGAUAACACUCGACAAUCCUAGGAGGUGAGUUCCAACAAAUUGGUUCACAAAGGUGGGGGAUAAACACGCUGGCCCACGCUGGGCAAGCAUGGCACCACCUCGCAGGCACUGUCUCCUUCUGAUCAGCGCUCUGGGCAUCUUUGCACUUAACUGCUUCACCAAAGGUCAGAAGAACAGCACGCUUAUCUUCACAAAGGAAAACACCAUUCGGAACUGCAGCUGUUCUGCGGACAUCCGGGAUUGUGACUACAGUUUGGCCAACCUGAUGUGCAGCUGUAAAACUGUCCUGCCCCUUGCGGUGGGGCGAACCAGCUACAAUGGCCAUCUGACCAUCUGGUUCACGGACACAUCUGCACUGGGCCGCCUGCUGAACUUCACGCUGGUCCAAGACCUGAAGCUUUCCCUGUGCAGCGCCAACACUCUCCCCACUGAAUACCUGGCUAUCUGUGGUCUGCAGAGGCUGCGCAUCAACAUGGAGGCCAAGCAUCCCUUCCCAGAGCAGAGCCUACUCAUCCAUAGUGCUGGGGACAGUGACUCCAGAGAGAAGCCCAUGUGGUUACACAAAGGCUGGCAGCCAUGUAUGUAUAUCUCAUUCUUAGAUAUGGCUCUUUUCAACAGGGACUCGUCCUUAAAAUCAUAUAGUAUUGAAAACGUUACCAGCAUUGCCAACAACUUUCCUGACUUUUCUUAUUUUAAAACCUUCCCAAUGCCAAGCCACAAAAGCUAUGUUGUCACAUUUAUUUACUAACAUAAUAACUGCGUCCAGCUGCCUGGAACUUUGGCAAAUGAUGGAUAAUUUGCAGAAGGAAUCUGGAAAUAAGGCCAUGAGAUAGGUAUCCCUACCCACAACUGUGCCUCUCUCUGCAGGCUCCAUUUGCAACACAGCCACACACACCAAUAACCAGCUCUCGGUUCUGCUCUGUGCCCAACGGCCAGCGCACUUUUGAAAAACAAAAGAAAAAGAAACCCGAAAACCAACUUGAUUCCAUCCAGGGACAUGUCUUGGGAGGCAGCUAGGCUUGGUCUCUGCAACUAGGAGCCUGUAGGGAAACAUCCCGUCAGAAAUGGAGAAAACAAUACACCCUAGAGACUGAUUAGUGGAGCUCCUCCUAGGAGGUGACCCUAGAAGAAACAUAUCUUCUUUCAAAAUACUGCCUUAAUUUUUUUCUGUUUCAUUUUGUGAAAUUGCUUGGAAUUCCUCUAAGUAGAGAAUAAUUGAUUUCAGAGGUCUUGGGACUGUGAGUUUUAUAAAAUGGCCGGGCGCAGUGGCUCACACCUGUAAUCCCAGCACUUUGGGAGGCCGAGGCAGGCGGAUCACCUGAGGUCGGGAGUUUGAGACCAGCCUGACCAACAUGGAGAAACCCUGUCUCUACUAAAAAUACAAAAUAAGCCAGGCAUGGUGGCACAUGCCUGUAAUCCCAGCUACUCCGGAGGCUGAGGCAGGAGAAUCACUUGGACCUGGGAGGCGGAGGUUGCAGUGAGCCAAGAUUGUAACAUUGCACACCAGCCUGGGCAACAAGAGCGAAACUCUAUCUAAAAAAAAAAAAAAAAAAAAAAAAAUCCACUGCAAUUGUGAUACAAACGUCUAAACCUGGAGUGGAAUGAAUUUGAAACAUUAUUGCAUUCAUGAUGCCAUAAUGAUAAGAAAUAGUCCAUGACUUAACAGGAUGUCCUGGGGCUAAUGACUUUAGAUCACAUACAUCACUUUUUUUUUUUUUUCCUCUUAACCUUAACAUAGAGUAACUGAAAUAACCUGCAAUUUCUACAUUUGCUUAAUUGGUGGGGGACUUAGCCAUUCAGGCUAAUUAGCAUGGGUCCAUGUCAGUGUUUAAAUUAGGCCAAAACAAAGACCGAAGUAUUAAUUUUAAUAGAAAAAUGUGACCUCAUUACUGACAUUGUACUUCAGAUAAUGUUAAAGUGAUAGAAAAAGAUAAGGAAAGGGGGAAAAAGGAGGAGAAAGGAAAGCAAGAAAAGACAAGUGAAAAGAUUAGUAAUAUAUUCACUGUCAUUAGUUACUGAAAAUAUAACAAAUUGAAUUUUAAUAAUUUUUAUUAAUAAAGUAUAAAAUUAAAUGAUAUUAGAAAGUAUAUGCCUCCUAUAAAUAUCUUCCAUUUGGUAGCUUUUAAUAGUUUCAAAGCCCUUUCACAUACGUUUUAAGUGAGUCUUUUGAGAAAUACUUGUGAGUUAAUGGGACUUAAAUCAAUAGAAAAGGAAAACUAAUUUAGUUAUAAAUCAAGCCUGAGGUUUCAGAUUUCUGGACUAAAAGUAUGGUUCAGUUUGUGCUGCUGUGGGAUGAAGAAUGGGCAGAGAAAAUCCACAGCACAGGCAUGGGGAUAAAAGGCAUUUGGCACUUAGCUGCAGGGUUUGGGGGACAACAGGGAGUGGUGGGAUGGUGGUUAAGUAAGGGUGCACGCCCCACCUGAAGCUCUAUAGUGGCUCAGCUCCCACUGAGUGCUGCCAUGGGAAAAUCUGAUGGGGCCAGAUCUGAUCCUUCAAGAGAAUGAGGUAUUCCAGGUUGUUAUGUGAAUUCUCACAAUUUGUAAAUGUGGCAUGCCAUUCAGCAUUUUUGUCUGUUUGUUUUAAUUAAUAUCAUGUGGGUCAAACAAACUAUGUCAAUGGUACCUAUCUGGCCUGGGGCUACUAGCUUGCCGCCUUCAGCCAGUGGUGUGCUAAUAAAAGUUUAACCACCAGCUCUCCAACAGAAAAGGGAGGUGGGCUGCUCUGCCUGUGAAGUAGCCAUGCUUUCAUUCCUUUACUUUCUUAAUAAACUUGCUUUCACUUUA